AUGACAAGAGAAAAGAAGUCGAGCAAAGAGUCUAUAAAAGAAUAUGUGAUAAUGGUCGCUCGUGUGUUAUUAAUACUAGAAAUGAUGCUAUACACAUGCGUAGCCACACCACUCAGCCAAGACAAAUCACAGGAAAGACCAUUAAGUAUGAUAGAUGAGUCGGGAACAUCUUCUACAGAUCAAGAAAAUAGUGUAGUGCAUGAAAACAGACAAUUUGAUGAUAGAGGAAGUAAAGAAGCAGAAGAGAAAGCAGGCACAACAAUACCAUUUGAGCAAUUGAAUGAUGUCAUAAACACCAGAGGUACUCAUGCUCCUUUAGAAAUGUAUGCACCAGAUGAACACAAGAGCUCUGCUUUUAUAAAAGAGGAAAAAGAGGUAAUGUAUGAUACAAUGAAUAAAGCACAGAAGAUAGAGGAUAUGCUUAGGAAAGUGUGCACUAAAGAGAGAAAGACACUAAAAGCGAUGAAAAAACGGGCCCAAGAAAAUUAUAGUUUAUUUUUAACCAGUAGUAAAGAACUAACAACUGCUAGAGAGAAAAGUGAUGAAUUUAAGAAAGAGUGUACUUUGGCUAGUGACAAAGAAGAUGAUAUAUACAGAGAGAUUGAGAAUCGCUCUAUUGAUUGCAAUACUACUACUUUUCAAAUACUAAGCAGCGAAUGCAAGAAAUAUGUCAUAGAAAAGCAUAGGAUUCUUUUGCUAUAUGCAAAGAUAAAUGAACUAAAACAAUAUCAAAGAAGAAGAGAGGUGAUAUGUAAGAAAGUUUUUAUGUAUGGAAUAGAACCCGAAAAUAAUAUGAAUAUAUUAAUAGAAGAUUCAUUUUACUACUAUUCAAAUAAAGUAGAUAUAGAAAUAGAGUUAGGUAUUGAACUAGAAUAUAAUUUAAAAAUAUUAGCAGAAAUAAAUAAUAUCCAAAGUAUGCUGCUAUAUCCACUACUGAAGAGCGAAGAAAACAAGGAUUUGAAGAAUAAUAAAAAAGAAUUAAUAGAAUUACAUAACACUCUCUUUAAAUAUAUGCAGAAAGAGAUUGGCGGGCUAACUAAGCUAUACGAAGCCCAGAAAGAUGUUAUUUUAAAAGCAAAGAAACUAUUCAGCAUGUAUAAAGCAUACAAUGCGGCUAAUUGUGAGUGCAAAACGCAGGAAAAAGUUUUAGAUACAGUUGAAAGGAUACUACAUAACCUCGAAGAAUAG